AUGACAGCCGCAAACCCAAGGACCGUCGGUCUUUGCAUCUUCCUCUUCCUCGCCUCCGCGCUCCUCACCCUCUCCCUGAAGCAAACCCACCACAGAUCAGCCCAAUUCCUCCCUUCGAGCCUCACCCACCGAAAAGGAACAACUUUGGCAGCCUCGAAGGGAAACGCAGCGGCAGCAGCAGCAGCAUCAUUAGCACCAGAAGACCCCCAAACAACCCACCAGAAAGUCCUCCAGACCCACAAGGUAGCCUUCGCAACCUUCCUCGCCGCCAACGCGAAUCCCGGCAGGAAAGAGACCGACGCCGAAUCCGCCGCCAUCGACGACGCCGACGACGGCUACUUCAUCGGCACCCGCGUCCUCGCCUACCAGCUCCUCCACAGCAGAUCCGCCGGCACCAACAACUCCAUCCCCUUCCUCGUCCUCUGCACCCGCGACGUCUCCCUCCGCAAGCGCACCAUCCUCAAAUCCGAAGGCGCCACCAUCGUCCUCGUGGAGAAGCUCGACAAUGGCUGGGUCCAACAGGGAAACCCGCGAUGGCAAGACGUCAUGACCAAGCUCCGACUCUUCCAGUUGACACAAUACAGCAAAAUCUGCUUCAUCGACGCGGAUAUGCUCGUCACCGCGCCUCUGGAUGGGGUCUUCUUCGACGAAGCGACGCUCACGCAGGCUACGUUGCCGCACCAGGAAGCCAUCAAGGAAGACGAGGCCCCGCUUCCGAGGACUUAUCUGUUCGCUACGCAUGCUGAUUAUUGGGGUUACGAUCACGAAUACCCGCCGCCUACGAGUCUUUCCUAUCUCAAUUGCGGCUUCUUCGUCUUCACGCCCUCGAUUCCGUUGUUCGAUUACUACGUCUCCCUGCUUUCCCUGCCGGGGCGUUUUGACCCGACAUUCCCAGAGCAGAAUCUCCUGAACUACGCACAUCGGCAGGAUGGGAAUAUGCCGUGGAGACCGUUGUGGUAUGGCUGGAAUGUGAACUGGCCGACGGAGAAAGAUUGGAGGGGCGGGGCGAGGAGUUUUCAUGCCAAGUAUUGGGAUGGGGACCCGAGUCAUGAUCCGGUGUUGAAAGCUAUCUGGAAGGAACAGAGGGCGGAGAUGGAGGGCUUCCAUCGGGGGAGGCAACUGGAGAGAGCUCGGAGUGUUGGAUGA